AUAUACCAAUGUUUUUGUUUCUCAAGGAGAGCCACCAAGUUUCUCUUAGUUUCCCUUUCUUUCUUUCCUCAAUAAAUUUCUCCACACAUGGCUCCAACCAAUGUUCAAACCAUUAAAGCAUUAAGUGAGUCAGGGGCUCUAUCCUCAGUUCCCUCCAAAUACAGCUUCGCUACAAACCCUAAUGAUCUAGCCAAUCCGAAUGACCCCGAUCAUUCAAUCACCACCAUUGAUUUUUCUCUCCUCACUUGUGGUUCUCCUCAACAGCGCUCCACGACUCUCAAUGAUCUUAAAAGGGCCUGCGAAGACUGGGGAUUCUUCAUGGUGAUCAACCAUGGUGUUGAGGAGAGAGUGAUGAAAGGGAUGCUCCACAUGUGUGAAGCCUUCUUCGAUUUGAGGGAUGACGACAAAAAAGAGUUUCAAGGGACCGCUAACGUUUUGGACCCGAUCAAGUGCGGCACUAGUUCUAAUGUUGCCAUUGAUAAAGUUCUUCUUUGGAGGGACUUUAUCAAGGUCAUAUCUCACCCUCACUUUAAUUCACCCCACAAGCCCCUUGGUUUCAGUGAGGCAGCGUUAGAGUUCAGCAAAAGAACAAGAGGAGUGGCAACCGAGCUGGUCAAGGCCAUAUCGGAGACCUUGGGACUAGAAGCUGAUUACAUAGCGAAAGCAACCAAUUGGGAUGAAGGGUUACAACUCUUGGCUGCCAACUACUAUCCAGCUUGCCCGGAGCCAGAGCGAGCCAUAGGAAUCCCACCUCACACGGACCAUGGGCUUGUGACCCUUCUCAUCCAGAACCAGAUGGGUGGUCUUCAAGUCCAACACAAAGGAAAAUGGGUCAACUGGGAUGCUGUGCCUAAUGCCUUUGUUGUUAACCUUGGUGACCAAAUGCAGGUGUUGACUAACGAUACGUACAAGAGCGUAUGGCAUAGAGCUGUGGUGAACAACAGAGCAACGAGGAUCUCCAUAGCAGUGGCACAUGGGCCAUCGGUGGACACGGUGGUCGUAGCAUCACCGGAGCUGUUAGAGAGACAAGGCCAAUCGCCGCUUUAUUCCGGAAUGUCAUACAGAGACUACAUAGAACUUCAGCAAAGCAGCAAGGGAUACAUGAAACCUUGCAUCGACUACAUAAGGAUUUCGGAGUAAAUCUGGGCUUCUA